GGCCGCGCAGGCGCGCUUCGCCCACCGGCUUGCUGAGGAGAGGUUGGAACCGGGCGGUCCGGAAUCCCGGACCCGGCGGGGGAAGUUGCACGGCCUCCGAACCUGAGUUUGGGGUCACGCCUGCCUGAAAGGCCUCUGUGGACAUGGCCCCCUAGCUGGCCUUUGGAUCCUGUCCAUUGUUAUGGAGGCAUCUUUGGGAAUUCAGCUGGAUGAGCCGCAGCCUCUGUCCCCGCUGCGUGACCGAUUACAGACCGAUGGCUCGUUUAAAAAGUAUGAGCAGAACUGCAGACUUAGAGGGGUUGAAAAAGAUAUCGAGAGACUAUAUGAAGCAGUACCACAGCUCGGUAGUGUGUUUAAGAUUGAGGACAAAAUUGGAGAAGGUACUUUCAGCUCUGUUUACUUGGCCACUGCACAGUUAAAAAUGGGACCUGAAGAGAAAAUUGCUCUGAAACACUUAAUUCCUACGAGUCAUCCUAUAAGAAUUGCUGCUGAACUCCAGUGUCUUACUGUGGCUGGGGGGCAAGAUAAUGUCAUGGGAGUUAAGUAUUGCUUUAGAAAAAAUGAUCAUGUAGUUAUUGCAAUGCCAUAUCUGGAACAUGAAUCCUUUUUGGAAAUUUUGAAUUCUCUUUCCUUUCAAGAAGUUCGAGAAUAUAUGUUUAAUCUUUUUAAAGCUUUGAGACGCAUCCAUCAGUUUGGGAUUGUCCAUCGAGACAUCAAGCCCAGCAACUUCUUGUACAACAGGCGUCUUAAAAAGUAUGCCUUAGUAGACUUUGGCUUGGCCCAAGGAACCUGUGACACAAAAGUAGAGCUACUCAAACUGGUCCGGUCGGAAGCCCAACAGGAAAGUUGCUCACAAAAUAAAGCUCCCAUAGUAAUGGCAAACAAGGUUUCAGUGAGUGUCCCAGCACCAAAAGCGCUAUCUCAGUCAUCCACUCAAACAGCUGUUAAAAGGCCCUACUCACACGCACAAAUUCAGACUAAACAAGGAAAAGAUGGCAAGGAGGGAUCUGUAGGCCUUUCUGUCCAGCGCUCUGUUUUGGGAGAAAGAAAUUUCAAUAUACAAAGCUCCAUUUCACAUGAGAGCCCUGCCGCGAAACUCAUAAAGCAACCUAAACCGAUGGAUGUCACAUCUAGAAAGUUAGCAACGAAAAAGAAAGUGGUUUCUACAAAAACGGUGACCAGUAACAUAACGAGGAAAGCUGCCAGCACUUGCCCUGCUAAUCUGACCUGUGACUGUUAUGCAACAGAUCAAGUCUGCAGUGUUUGCCUUUCAAGACGGCAGCAAGUUGCCCCCCGAGCUGGUACUCCAGGAUUCAGAGCACCAGAGGUCUUGACCAAGUGUCCCAAUCAGACUACAGCAAUUGACAUGUGGUCUGCAGGUGUGAUAUUCCUCUCUUUGCUUAGUGGACGAUAUCCAUUUUAUAAAGCAAGUGAUGAUUUGACAGCUUUGGCUCAGAUUAUGACAAUUCGUGGAUCCAGGGAAACUAUCCAGGCUGCUAAAACGUUUGGUAAAUCAGUGUUAUGCAGCAAAGAAGUCCCAGCACAGAAUCUCAGAACCCUCUGUGAGAGGCUUCGGGGCACUCCCAGUUUGGCUGUUGAAAAACAAGAGGACCAUGCUCAUGAAUCAACUCUGUCAUUGAGAACUGACCAGAACCUGAAGCUCCCUCCCCACAUGGAACUUCCAGGGAACUCAUUUCAUGAAGAUGGUGGGGAUAUCUCAGAAACUUCUGUGAACAAGCACCAAGCCAAUUUGAAAGGCUGGGAUCAAGUCCCCGAUGAAGCUUAUGACCUACUUGAUAAACUCUUAGAUCUCAACCCAGCAACGAGAAUAACUGCCCAGGAAGCAUUGAUACAUCCAUUCUUCCAAGAUCUGAGUUUGUGAUUACAACACUUAGUUUGGCAUUUAUGUGGUUAUUGUCUAGUGGGAAAUAAGUUUGUUGUAAUUCCCUUACAUUUUUGAUUAGACACCAGACCCUGGUAGGUAAGGGGGGGGGGAAAUUUGGUCUCAUAACAAGUAUAAUGUUUUCCAUAUUGUCUUCAUGCCAUUUAUCAGAAAACUGCUAGGACUUAAAUAUCCCUGAAGAGAUUGUGGAUGGUGCCGUGGACUGGUCACAUGACUUGUCUGGUCAGAUCCACCGAGGUAGAGAUAGAAGUGAUUCCUGCCUAAUGCACAGGGCAUGAGAAUACAAGCAUUUAGUUGGUUUACGAGUUAACCUUCCAGUUGAAAGACCAAGAUGAAAUUGGCCUGAACCUUCAAUAUUCUUGGGCACCUUUCAUGAAAAUUAAAAUCAAUAAUAAAAGAAAAUUUGAAUUUGUUAAGAUGUUAAUUUUAAAUUGUCAUAAUUUUUCUUCUGUUUUGGAAACACCGGUUUUGUGGAAACAUUUCACAGCAAUUGCCAUCUUUUUCUUGAGAAUAUUUUUACUUACUCUGUGCCCAUGAUUACACAUUCUUUUUGUGGUACUUUAUGUAGUACUUCUCACCAGGAUUUCAGGGUAUGUUGUUCAGUAAUGGAUAGAAGUAGAUGUAGACUCCAAAACUGAUGCUACUAGAUGAAGAAGUUAAGUGAGUUAACUCAAAAUGGCCAGUUAGAGGACCAUGGGACCAUAAUGAAAACCUUUGAGUUUCAUAAUUUUUUCUUCUAAUGAUAGCCAAGGCGAUCAGGCCAUCUACAUCAUCAUUAUCCUGCUUUUGAAAACACUGGACCUGCACGUGGAAUGGCUCCAGGAAGAAAAGGUCAUGAAGAGAAACGUUGAGGUGGGCCAGGUGGAAUGGACAGAAGGGGGAAAGAUGCCUCACCAAGACCCAUGUGCAUUGUUUAUUUACAUUCCAAUGUGGAUGAUUCCAUCCCCAGUUAUUGACUGAAUGGCUAGCAGUGCUACUGGAGGUUAGGAAUCCCUACAGACUUUACCCACUUGGUAGCUACCUUGUAUUUAUUUCAUUAUGAGAACUCUACAAGAAAGAGGGGGACCUUCCUUGUUUGAGCAAGGAAAUGAAUCCCUCUGGCUCAUGACUUAUGUGAUGUGUCUUGUUCCCAAACAGAUGACUAAACUCUAGGGGAUUGUUUACAGAAAUCACCACCUUAUUGAUCUUAAUUUCUUCUCAUGCAGUAAUUCUUUAAAAAAAAAAAACACCUUUGAAUGUAAAAUUAUAUAUUUGUAUGUCUAUUUAAUAAAGAGUUACUUUUAGUAUUUUUA